CCGCAGCGCUGCAUCCUUUCAAACCCGAAGUGGAAGUCUGUCAAACUUUUUUUCCCCCACGGCAGACGUGGAGAAGAAACGAAAAGCUUAGUAUGUCGAGUUUUAAAGUCGUUCGGUGUCUCCUUUUGGUCUUUUAACUGUGUUUUUAGUUCUUUAGCUUGACAUUUUCGGGCUUAAUACGAAGCUUUUCGGCGUUUUCCUCCUCUGGCUUAUCGAUUACAGGAGCUCCACGUCGCAACACCAAAGUAUGGGGGUUCACCCUUUACCCAGCUUGUCUGCACUCUCAGCUGUGUUUAGAUGAGUCACGACAUUCACGGGAUUCAACACGUGUAUAUCAUUUUGUCCCGAUGACCUCAGGACCAUAACUGAUCUCCUGGUAAGACUUGGACACCCUUCUCCUGUAAAAAUGGCCGACAUGGCCGGGCUGGGGUCUGAUGACACAUUGAAAGGCACAGGAGAGUUGGAUCCAUGUUUGCUGGAAAUCGACAGGAAGUACGAAAUUGUCCCUGCUGUUAUCUCUUCCACAUGCUGCCUCUUUGGGAUUAUCUACUGCUUCUUUGGUUAUCGCUGCUUCAAAGCCAUCAUGUUCUUGUCGGGUCUGUUGUUUGGCUCGGUGAUUAUCUUCCUGCUGUGCUAUAAGGAGCGGGUGUUAGACACACAGCUAAGCAUAGAGGCAAGCGCUGGCAUUGGUCUGGGCAUCGGCCUUCUAUGUGGCCUCGUCACCAUGCUAGUGCGCAGCGUCGGCCUGUUUAUGACUGGCAUCCUGCUCGGCCUGCUCCUGGCCAUCGCCAGCCUUUUGCUCACGCACCAGCUAUACACACCCAGCACCCUGUGGGUGCCUGUAGGUGUCCUCCUUGGCACUGGCAUGUUAUGUGCUGUCUUAACCCUUCAGUGGCAGAAAUUUUUCACCAUCGUCUCCACAGCUGUAUUUGGGGCUGCCAUCAUGACAGUGUGUGCUGAUUACUUUGUGGAGCUACUGGUGCUGGUCACAUACAUUUAUGACUGUCUGCGACUCGUCCCUGGUCCCGCACCGCUCUGCUGGUACAGCUGGGUCAUCCUGGCCAUCUGGCCUUUCCUUAGCAUCAUGGGAGCAUUAGUGCAGUGGAAGCUCACAGCCGAAGGUUUUUCACACACUGAAGUGAUCAUCAACAGAAGGCAGAAGCGAUUGCAGCUGAUGAGAAUAAGACAGAAAGAUGUGAAAAAGCUGCAACUGUCUCCAGGUCAGGAGGGGACGUAUCGCCGUAAACCAACUCCUGUAAAACGCUACGCUGGAGAUCUUCUAGCUCCAAGUUACCUGCAGAGUCUCCGGGAGCGCCAGAUGGGCACAGGCACAUCCCUGAGCAGUCUGAGUACCGCCAACCAUACUAUGGUGGAUAUGGAUUAUGAUACUGGAUCUACAGUCCCACUUACACACACCACAGCAGCGGCAGCACGUACCUGAAUAUGAGCUACUACUUUCACCAGUGGUUAAAGAACUGACUGUCCUGAUAAGAGGAACACAAGAUUGUGUGGUACUUUAUAGUAAAGGAAAAGACUGAGUAUGACUGAGGCAUUGGUCAGGGCUAAAGUCCACUGCAAAGAAUUAUUUGAUCAUUUUUCUAACCUUAAUACAGCUCUGUUUCAAAUGAAGACAAUAUCAUUCACUAAUACUAGACUAAGAAGGUCUUAUUAGCAGUAGGAUUGAUGAGUAUUGAAGGAGAAAAUAUAUAUCAAUAUAAAGAGUGUGUGAACAGAACAUUUAUGUAGGUUUAAAUUUUACACAGUGGAUUUUUCAAACAGCUACACACUGGAUCCAUCCCAGUUUUAAAGUUGCAACAUGAUGUUGUAUUCAUAAAAAUGUAAAAGCCUUUAAAAACUUCAGAAAAACACUGUGAUUACCAAUAGUAGCGAUGGAGCUAAACUAGCUGCAUGUAUUCAUUUUUCUAGAUGGAAAAUGGGUUCUACCCUUACUCAGAGCAGAACUAUUCAGCUGUGCCCUUUGUCUGUGGCAUAUGUUUCUGUGAUCACAGUUGAGUGCGUGGUGUUCCUUGUGGGGAAAUAAACAGAUGCAGUUUACCAAACAGACAAAAGAGGGCUCUAAAACCUCAAAUGAUUAAAUGUAUCUGAAUAAAUAGGACUCUCUGUGUAAGUCUCUGACGGUCUUCUAUAGCCUCUUGGAGAAAAGGGUUCUGGAUAGACUUGAGCUCUGGAUUGUUUGAAUAGUCUAGUUCAAAUCAUUAGGACUUCAGUACUGUAGAUUACUGUAUAUGGGUGUGAACAGACUUGGUAGUCCUUUAACAUUAUUUGGCUCUUUCGUUGCCAGAUAGUAACCUGCAAACUAAUUAAACAGUAUUUAUUCUUGUAAUUGCCUGCCCUGUCUUUUCAAUAGGCCUCAAAAUGUUCACUUUUAACCAGCAACAACAUGAUGAUAUCUUAUUUGGCUUUAUUUUUCUGGCUAUAAGAUGCUUCUUUGAUCACUGCAGCUGAUGCUAUAAUUUUAAGUUUUUGUUUUAUUACUAUUAUUUUAUGUGAAGCCAAAUGAAAAACUCAAUUUUGCAUGGAUGAUAGAAUGUUAGUGAAGUGCUAACUAUUAGUGUGUUCUUGCCAUUUUAGCGAACAAUACAAAAAAUAUGACAUAAAAAUCACUUGCCUUAAUGUAAAUAGUAAGGGUUGUCUUUUCCAUUGUGCCUUAAAUAAAAUCACACAAUUAAUGAUGUACAAAAAGCAAGAGAAGUUUUUAAGCAACUUAGAAUUGUAAAGUUCUUCAUUUUUUUCGUUUGAUUAAAAAAACAACAGCUAAUGAUUUAAAGAGGCAUCUUAUAUUCUGGAAAAUGUAGUAUUACCCUUAAAUUGUAUUUUAAUGAACAUGAGAAAAGACAGAGCAGAGACAUCCCGUUUUUCAGUCAGUUAAAACGUUGUGAAAUAACUCCAUUCUGUGUCCAUAUAUAUAUAUAUAUAUAUAUUUUAAACUAUGGGUUUGUACAAUAGUGUAUUAAUGAUUUACUUGUGUCUGUGAUGCAUGUGUGUAAUUUUCCACAGUAGUGGUUCUGUGAAAACGCUGACUGAUCAGCAGUUUUAUUAUUUUAAUGCAUUUGUGUGUUAAUGGGAAUGUCUGGACGUGUGUGCAAGAGAAAUGCAAAGAAAAUCUGCAGUAAAAGUAUGCUAGAGCUGUUGUCAUACUAAUUUCUUUAAAAAAAACAAAUGUGAUGGGUCUUUAGAGACUAUUAGGGGGUUGGUGUGUGUUUCUGCACUUAAACUCAAACUGUGUCAAUUAGUGCCUUUAGGUGGAAUGAAGCUGACUGACCAUUCUAUGCGCUUUGUUUAUUUUGGUCAUCUUGUAUGUAAGAUGUUUUUGUGACUCCCUUUAGAAGGUGACCAUUUGAUGUCACUCCAGCGUUGCCUUUCGUAGGUGAGACCUGUCCAGUAUCUCUGAACAUGUCAUUUUCAUCUAUUAAAAAUAAUCUGUACAUAAGAAUCAGUUGUUUACUGUACUAAGAGGAAAAACUGGCAAGAACAAAUUAUACUAGAUGUGUAUCUGUAUUAUUUAAUUCUCAACAAGCUGAACAAUCCUCAAAUAUUAUUUGAGAUAGCUAUCUUAAAAUGUUUGUUUUUCAUGUGAAUGUGUUUUGAAGAAAAGUUAACCUUUAAAAAGCAAACUUUUUUUGAAUACAAAAAAUUCCUUCUGA